AUGUCCAUUCCAGAAGAUGAGGAUGAGAUCAACCAAAUUAUAUGUGUCACUGCCCGUCUUAUUGAAAUUUAUUACAUGAAAUAUAUUCAUAAGACCCCAUGUAUGAAUGACCAUCAUACAGGAAAUAUUUGGUUGAUGGGAGUGUUACAAGGAAAUGAAAGUCGUUGCCAUAAUAUGUUCAAGAUGGACAAAGAUGUAUUUAUAAGAUUGUGUGAUGAAUUGCAAAAAAAUUAUGGAUUAAAGGGUUCAAGAAGAAUGAGUGCUGCUGAAAUGUUAGGGAUGUUCUUGAACAUCUUAGGACAUGGUUCUGCAAAUAGGCAAGCACAGGAUUGCUUUCAACAUUCUGGUGAGACUAUGAGCAGAUAUUUUAGUAUCUUACUUGAUGUUGUAUGUUGUUUGGCUGUGGAUGUAAUUAAACCAUUGGAAAGUGCGUUUAACAACACUCUAAAGGAAAUCCUACCGGAUUCUAGAUAUAUGCCUUAUUUCAAGGAUUGUAUUGGUGCUAUAGAUGGUGUUCUUGUGCAAGCCAUGGUAUCUCUUUCUAAUCAAAUACCAUUUAUUGGAAAAUCUUAUCUAGUUGAUAAGGGAUACCCACAAAUGAGAGGCUACUUAGGACCAUCUAAAGGUGAAAGAUAUCAUCUACCAGAUUUUCGUAGGGGUGUUCAACCGAUGGGUCACAAAGAGAGAUGGAGUAUUUUACGAGACAUGCCUAGUUAUCUUUUUGCAAAACAAGUAAAAAUCGUUAUUGCAACCAUGGCACUUCAUAACUAUAUCAAAAGACAUGCCAAACGUGAUUGUCAUUUUGAUGAAAGUGAAGAUGACCUAAAUGGUAUUCAAGGUGAAGAGAUUGAGAUAGAUGUUGAUGCACAACAAGAAGAUGGUCCUGCAACACAAGAAAUGGAGGCAUUGAGAAAUCAUAUAGCAGCAAGUUUAAUGAGUUCAUCUACCUAG